AUGAGCGCGGUCAAGAACCUGCGAGCCAUGUUCGAGAACAAAGGGGACGCGAGCCCAGCGGACGAAGAUAGAGCUCUCAGCGGCUCCCCAAGGCCGCUCAAUAAGGUGCGAAGCAGCUUUGUGGCCAUUGAGCGCAACGGCGUCAUCGGCUUGAUGAGAGACAACGGCUCCGCCUCUCGCGACUCUUCCGCCCGACCCAGCCUCGACAUCCCCCGCGAACCCGCCCCGACGAGCCAGGACAAACCGCCAAUGUCGUCUGCAUCUGUUGCCAGCAUGAGCUCCGCCAUGGACAAGCUGUCCGCGGGCGUUGCCAGAGCUUCCUUCGAGCUCCGGGGAGCUGUGUCGGACCAGCCGAGCCACAAUCCCGACAAGAAAACAACAAAGAUGACGAAGCCGGCAGCUACCAAAACUCUCGCCAAGCCUGCGGCCACAAAAUCUGCCACAACCACUACAAGGACUGCCGCUACACGAACAGCUGCAGCUGCAGCUGCAGCUCCUAAACCGGCUGCCAGAGCCAUUCCCAAGCCAGCGGCUACUGCUACCAAGGCUACUACGGACGCUUCCAGAAGAGCGGGCGUCAGGCCAACUCAGAGAACCGCGGAAUCUUCUGCUGUAAAGAGAGAGUCAUCUGCCGCGGCUAGGUCAACUGCUACUGCAAGGCCCAGGGGUGGAGCGGCAACCUCUACUGUCAGGAAACCCCUGGCCAGCAAGGCCGCCGACAAUGGAUCUGCUGCCGCCAGGGCGAGGACCAAGUCCCCCACCAAGCCGGUUGGCCUUCCCUCUUCUCUUGUUGCUCCCACUGCCUCCUCCGUCUCCAAGACUGGCGCAGCUGGAACGGCCCAGGCUAGACAGACCAAUUCACGCCAGGGCGUGCAUGCAUCUGGCCGAGCUACUUCCAGCGCCGGAUCAGCCAAGAGGCCUACUUCGCGUGCUCGGCCAAGCAUUGGUCCCCCUCCUGUGAAACCUACCCGCGAAGCGCCUAAGAAGGCAAAGGAUGUGGAUGAGGGCUUCCUGGCCCGCAUGAUGCGACCUACCCAAGCUUCCACUAGCAAGUUCCAGGAGCCGACCACGCCUCCCAAGAAGUCCGGAUCUCGAGCUGGAUCCCGACCCUCCACCGCUGGAACGGUGGCAUCGGGAGCAUCGGACGGUAGCCACUAUGAUAAUAGCCCCAGCAAGAAGACUUCUCCCAAGAAACUGGUUGGAAAGAAGUCUCCUUCGCCUACAUUGGAGGAGGAGAAGCCCGUUGCCGAGAUUAAGGAGGCCGUUGAGGAGCCUGUCAAGGAGCCCGCUAAGCAUCCUCAUAAGCAAUAA